GUGCGAUUCAUCGAGGUGAGAACCGAAAAGCCUCAAUAACCGUCAAAACGCCAAACUGAAAGUAAACGCAUGAAACGAACGAGCUGUUGGUGGUUAGACGAAGGGAAAUACUAAAGAAAAAGUAAGGUGUUGUUUGCACUUACCUGGGAGGCGGUGACGAAAUCGACAGCGGGUAAAACGCUGUAUCUCUGCUGGAGCGGUUGCUGGUGAGAAAAAAAACGCUCUCCAUAACGAUGUUUUCAGCGCGGAGCGUGUAAAAUUAUCCCCAAGCGAGCUGUGAUAAGGGCCGUCUGGAUCCUGGUUUGUUCCCUCUACCAUCCAACAGAGUUUCACCAUUGCUAAAGGCUACGGCGUGGCUGGAAUUGCGGCUGGUUAACCAAACACACACACAAAUUCACCUCUGCACUUUAUACAUCCGGGUAUUCCGGUUCCCCACAAACUAAACUAGCUGUGUGAUGCUUUAAACGUGACCGUCACCCCUGGGCCAGUCAGCAUGUGUAUGGUAGGAGACAACAUCACUUUGUCCUGCUUGGUGUCGCAGAAGAAGAGGAGCAGCAGUGUUCUGGUGCUCCGCUGGCUCUUUUUACCAAACCAUGUAGACGAGCACCUCGUUGUCAGGAUGGGCAUGAAGAAAGCCAAGUAUUACAGCAACUACAGCAAGAACUUUUCCCAAACCAAGUUCCUCCUCUGGGAGGAAAUGGAUGGACAGAUCUACCGUCUGCUGAUCCUCAAUGUGUCUGCAGAGGAUGGGGGCAACUAUACCUGUAAAGCGCAGGAAAUACGAAAGCACAGAAACAAGUGGAGGGCCUCGGCGAAUGGAACAGGGAGCAUGGAAUUACGAGUACAUCAUAUAUCAGUCACAGGAAAAACUGAUGACAUAUGGCACAUGUUUGAAGAUUUAUACCUCUAUGCUGUGCUCAUCUGCUCCAUUGGGCUAGUCUGUAUGCUUGUCUUUGCCAUGACUAUCACAUGUCAGCACCUACUGCACAAACGAAGAUUACGAGCCAGUUAUAACCUGGUGAAGUGCCCAGAAAACAGCUCAGGAGAAACCGUAACCAGUGUGUCCAGCUCCUCUUCAGGAAUGCACAGAAAGGAUAAAAGACACAAACCACAGUUCAGAGAGAUCACUGAACUACAGCCACCACCACAGAUACCAGCUAAAGUACCUGUACCAGGGAAACCACGCAGAAGCAAACAUUUAAAGGCACAACCUACAAAGACACAAAUGCAAAGGGUGGCAGAGGACAGACUGACAUACGCAGAGCUGGAGCUGUUUAAACCAAAGCCUGAGCUGAAAACAGAGUCUGCUGGAUGUGCACAGCUUGAGUCCCAAACACACUGCAUGGGAACUGUAUAUGCCCAAAUACUCUUUGUCGAGAAGCAAGUAUAAAUAUGUAUUUUAAGAGUUAAGACUGUUCUUUGGUGACGUCAAGUGAUGUCAUUGUUCCAUGAACAUUUCCUGCUUGUCAAAACAGAGACUAAUUAGCAGAGACAGGCCACUUAUAUUAAAAUUAAUGGGAGAAAUUGGAAUGCCCAACAGCAGCCAACGAUCAAUGGAUGUAGAAAGGAAGUCCCACCUUAGAGGUAAAAUAGCCAAUCACCUUUUAGAUACAGAAAUCGCCUGUCAAUCAACGCGAGAACGCACAUGCACAUUAGCUAUACAAGAUGGUGUAAAUAAUUUUUUUUGUGCAUAAUCUGAGUUAAAGACGCAGAAUUUAUUAUACCAGUUGUGACGGAAUCUCACGCCCCUCCCGUGGAUCAUCGUCAGCCACAGUGACUUUUUCCCAUUUGGUGGCACAUGACGGGGUCACCUGAACGCAGCGAAGAGCCUCAGAGAGCAUGCCUCUCAUCGGGAGACUGGUCUCUACCUGCUGGAAUCUUCGCAGGUCCAGGAACGGAGCAGGGAGUGUCCAGUACGAGUUAGCUGCGACGGGCCAGGAUGCUGGGCCGCUACUCCUCUCAAGUGCCAGGGCCCAGGGAAGCCGGGCCACUCGAGUGAAGCCGCCACCCCACACACCUCGGACCAAGGAGGACCAGGAUCCCACCCACUAUCACCUGGAACAUUCCCUGUCUUCAUUACUCUUCCUUCACAUAGCCCAUUCCACUUUGAAGGCAUUUUAAAUAAAUGCCUCUCUGAGGCCUGAUGCCGCACCCACUGUGUCCUUCUCUUGCUAACCCCGCCACACAGUGUUGUCAGAUUUUACUUCUUAUUUGAAAUAUGUUCUUUUAUCGUAAUCUUGAGAUUUCGGGAUUUAAGUAGAUAGGAGCUGCAAUUUCAUGGUGCUUGUUUACAUAGAAAAAUAGCUGCCCACCAUGCCCAAGAGCGUUCCAAAGACUGCCAAUGAGUGGAUUGACUUACCUUGUGUAAAGGUAUCAAUGGAAAGGAGGAGGCGAGAACCGGCUUUUCAAUAUAAAUAAUAGUUUAAUGAUAAACUUAAAAGAAGACACAAACACACACGACGGACAUGUCCGUUAACGAUCUCUCUCUCCCGCAUGAUCCCCUGCAGUCGACCUUUAUACCUCAGAGGCUUGAUUAGCCUAAUACGGGACCGGGUGUUUAGGAUCACGACCUGGCCCCGUCCUCCACCCUGCCACACCUUGAAAAAGAGACUUUGUUGAAAGGAUCCGGAAAUGCGUUUGGACUGUUCUAAUUCCUUUAUUUUGUUUUACAUUCUUGAAAUGGUCUAUAAUAUUAUUACUAGUAUAAAGUCUGUUAUACAAUAAUAGCAUCUACCAUGGGCUUCAAAAGUUUACAGUGGGGUUCAACAUUUUUAUGUAAAAUGAAUGAGAAAUAUGUAAGAUUCUGCACUAUUUUUAGGGUUAGGGUUAUCAAAUAAGCAAAUAUGUGACAUUAACCAUGUUUCCUUCUUCAAAUGAAGCACACAAGAUGCUCUUUGGAACAUUCUCAAAUCAUGCUGGGAUAUCUGUUUUUCCACAAACAUGUGAAGUCUAUGUCAGCUCAAGUGCAUGAUAUCAUUAAAGCAAAAUGGCGAAAUACCAAAUACUAAGAAAUGUUAGGUUUUCACUUACAUUGUUACGCUGACAAUACAUUUUGUAAAUGAAAAGAAAUGUGAAUAAGAAAAAUGUAAAUUAGAAUCACUUUUCACUAGUGGGCUUUUUAGACUUAUGAAACCCACUGUAUUUGGGCACAUCUAUAAUUGUACCUAUAAAUUUGAGAUCUUCCUUUCCUUAACGACUGAGGGUUGCAUUACUGCUGGAUUUAACCCUAAACGGGCAUAAUUUGUAAACAAAAUAUGCAAUUUUGAAAAGUAUGCAACAAUUGUAUUUUUUGCUAGGUUGAAAUAAAGAUGACUCCUGUUGAGGACGAUAUGAGCAAAGGAGUGCAGUGAUUAAUGUCAGCAUUUAUGGGCAGUCAUUAUAACUACACUGCAGCACAUUGAAAAAUAUUUAACUCUUGAAGACCAAAGCAUUAUUAUUGAUGAAGAAAAAU